UGAAACAUGUAACAGUGAAUGUAGAGAACAGCUCGUCUUUGAGCCUCAGCAGUCUUCCUCUUAAGCCGCAGACAUGACUGCUUCUCUGGGCUGGCUCUCAGCUCUGGUCGCGGGUAUUUUCUCCGCUCAUGUGUUACAGAAACUCUGUUUUCCAUACUUUUGGAGGGACUUCGUCUUUCUACUGACUGUGAUCAGGUACGGCAUGAAGCUGGAGCUGUUCAAGCUGACAUCCAGAGUGUGUACAGUGCUGGACAGGUUCAUCCAGCAGGCGCAGCGCAUACCCGACAAGCCGUUUGUUAUCUACGAUGGAAACAUCCACACCUACAGAGACAUCGAGCAGCGCAGCAACAGACUCGCAAAUAUUUUCCUGGACAGAGUCAAACUGAAGAAAGGAGACUGCGUCGCCUUGCUUAUGAACAACGAGCCAGACUUCUUGUGCGUUUGGUUCGGGUUGGCAAAGGUCGGCUGCUCGGUUGCUUUCCUUAACACAAACAUCAAGUCCAGGUCUCUGCUGCACUGCUUUAACUGCUGCGGAGCCAAAGCUCUAAUAGUCGGCGCAGAUCUAGUCGAAUGUGUGGAUGGCAUCCUACCCAGCCUGCUGGAGGACAACAUUCAGGUGUGGGCAAUGAAGAGCCAGAGUGAGCACACACAGGUGAACACUCUGUUGGAUAAGAUAGAUGCUGCUUCUGAUCAACCUGUACCAGCAGCGUUACGUGCCACCACCUCCCUCAAAGCCCCCACCCUCUACAUCUUCACCUCUGGAACAACUGGGCUCCCUAAGGCUGCAGUGAUAACUCACCUCCAAAGCUUGAAGGCAGCAGGAGGAUUCUGGGCAUUUGGGGCAACUGCAGAUGAAGUGAUAUACAUCCCUCUGCCACUCUACCACAGUGCAGCUUCACUGAUCGGCAUCGGAGGAACCAUCGAGCUGGGUGCAACCUGCGUCCUGAAGAAGAAGUUCUCAGCCUCACAAUUCUGGAAUGACUGUCGAAAACAUCAUGUGACUAUUUUCCAAUAUAUUGGUGAACUCUGCAGAUACCUCUGUAACCAGCCUAAGACAGACAUGGAUAAGGUUCACAAGGUGCGGAUGGGAGUAGGGAACGGGCUUCGUCAGGAUGUCUGGCGGGAGUUCCAGAGUCACUAUGGAGACGUUAAAAUGUGCGAAGUGUAUGGCUCCACUGAGGGAAACCUGUGUUUCAUGAACCACAUUGGCAAGAUUGGUACUGUGGGUCGCUCCAACUUCUUCUACAGGCUCCUGUUCAAGUAUGAUCUGGUGAAGUAUGACAUGAUUAAAGAUGUACCAGUGAAAAAUCAGUAUGGGUUCUGUCAACGAGUGAAAAAGGGCGAGACAGGACUCUUACUGUCUAAGGUGAGCGCCCUCAGCCCUUUCUUUGGCUACGCUGGAAGUAAACAGCUGACUGAGAACAAGCUGAUGAGGAACGUAUUUGUGAAGGGAGACGCCUACUUUAACACAGGUGACCUCAUGGCUGAAGACCAUGAGGGCUUCAUCUCCUUCAGAGACAGAGUAGGAGACACCUUCAGGUGGAAGGGUGAAAAUGUAGCAACAACAGAGGUGGCAGAAACUCUUGGACUGGUGGAUUUUAUCCAAGAAGUCAACGUGUAUGGAGUAGAAAUACCAGGACAUGAGGGCAGAGCAGGAAUGGCUGCUAUGAUUGUAAGACCAGACCUGACGUUUGAUGGGAACAAACUGUUUGAGCAUGUGGUGAGAGAUCUACCAGCAUACGCUCGACCACACUUCAUAAGACUUCAGGAGGUGAUGGAAAUGACAAGCACCUUCAAGCAGCAAAAGUUCCAGUUGGUGCAGAGCGGCUUCAACCCCUCAACAAUCUCUGAUCCUCUGUAUGUGCUGGAUCACCUGCAGAAGAGCUACAUUCCUCUAACAGACAGUAUCUACCAGAACAUCCUCUCUGGAGAACGCAAGCUAUAAAAGUCACAAGUAUGGGGUGAUGACACAGCUCCAAACCAUGCACAAAGAGGGAUCUCAUUCAGUAGCUCUGCUUUCUGCAGUAUUUUAUAUUUAAUGGAAACAUUUGUGCCUACAAUCAAGUUGAGUGAUUUACUGAGAUCUGAAUGAAAAGCUCUUAUCUAACUAGUGAAUAAGCUGAAUGAGCUUCACUACAUAUAUGUGAGCAGUAAUGUCCCUAACGUACAGUUAUUUUUGUUCAAUAAAUAAUAUGAACCUGAAUGCAUCACAGUGAAACUACUAUACCUUAAAAAAACCUGAAAACACACCAAGUACCUCAAACUGAAGAUAUUUCUUAUUCAUUUACACAGUAAUAAGAACAUAUUUGACAAAUCAGUUUUGAAAGUGUUAAGAAGGUUAAGAAGUCUGAAAUAUUUUCAGCAGUAAAUGAAGGACAUUUGAAGGAACUCUUAUUCAGUUAAUUAACUGUAUUGUAUUUACUAUUAUUUAAUGUAUUUUUUCAUGGAUUCAGAGGUUUAUAAUAGGUAAAAGACCUUUAAAAUACAAAAAACAAAAACAAAACAAAAACAUACUGGUAGCCUUUCAUUUAAACCUUGAAGAAGCCUUCAUUCUUCAAUGAAGGUGUACAAUCUGUGGUUAAUUCAUUGAUACGUUGAUGAAUUAACUGUAAUGUAUUAAACUGAUGUGUGUUUAGAGGAAAAUAAAAGCACACAACAUGAAGGAUAUUCAUUAAUUUAACUUUACAUUUAAGGUUUCAGAGAAAUGAAUGGAUUAUAUGAAGGGAGGUGAUU